GUAAAAACAUCUUCAAAGGGUUAUCGUCUCUCGCUCUUGUCAAACAAAUUCUCUCCAUGGACGAAUCCGCCGACAAGGGACUGAUUCUGAUUGGUGAGGGUAGUAUCAUUCCAAAACUCAGUGACGUUGGGAGGAUUAUUGUUUCGGGAUAUGACACUGAUCUUCCUAUUGAUGAUGUUGAGACGGCGUUGAGAAAUCAUUUCUCUUGUUGUGGAAUUAUCACGAAUAUUUGUAUUCCCUUUGUCUCUUUUGGGGAUGAGACUCUCAGGAGACGUGGUUAUAUUUAUUUUCUGGGAGAAGGCGCAGUAGAUAAGGCGUUGCAACUUAAUGGAGUUGACGUUGGAGGAUGGAAUGUCUCUGUUAAGGCUUAUCCGUUUCCCAAAAACGCAAACAAUGAGGUUGAGAUAGAAGUUGAAGGAUUUGACACUUGGCUUCAUGAGAUACUUAUCGAGAGCGCUUUGAUUUCUCAUUUCUCUUCAUAUGGAAAGCUCAAAGAUGUCAUGUUCUUCGACGGCAUAGCUGUAGCGUAUCUUUACGGAAAAGACGUAGCAGAUAAGGUGACUGAACUUAAUGGGAGCAACAUGGGAGGACGCAUAUUAGAUGUUCGCGUGAUUUCUAAACCGAGAAUUACCCUUUUCCACAGAUACCUCCGCUGCGGCCCCUCCUGCGUGCGCCGAGAAUCGGAUAGCUCUACCACUGAUGCAGCCAUUCCAAAAAGCAGUCUCAUUGUUGAAGAUAAAUCUUCUAAGAAGAAGAAGAAGAAAAGGAAGUCAAGUUAUGUUUCUUUCAAACUCAGUCUCAGAAGAAGAAGAAGGGAUAAUAAAGUUAAGGGAUAGUCUCAUUGUUGAAGACUUAAUAUGUUCGUUAAAACUUCUCUGUAAGGAAGCUUUCCUAAGAUUUGAAUCAAUGAUGAGGUUUUUUAGGUGUGGUUUACCUUUGUGAGUUUUCUUGCUUUAUUGUUUGCUGAAUUCAGCUUCUGCUUGUCAAUGAUCAACAAUGAAUUAUGAACGAAUCA